AUGAGAGCUAGAGUGGCAGCAGCAUGGAACAAGUGGAGAGAGCUGUCAGGUGUUAUCAGUGACAGGAAGAUGCCUAGGAAACUCAAGGUGAAGCUAUACAACACUAUAAUACGAUCUGUGUUCCUAUAUGGGGCAGAAGUAUGGACAAUGGGAAAGGAGGAGGAGAGGAUACUGGAAGUGACAGAAAUAAGGAUGUUGAGAAGAAUCAAAGGUGGGACGCUGAGAGAAAGGGAAAGAAGUACUGACAUCAGGAGAGAAUUGGGAGUGAGUGACAUCAACGAGAAGGUUAAGGAAAUAAGAAUGAGAUGGUGCACAAAUGUGAAGAGGAGAGAAGAAAGACAUCCUGCAAAAGUGGCUAUGGAAAGUAUAGUACCAGGAAGAAGGCCGAGAGGAAGACCAAAGAAGAGAUGGAGAGAUAACGUGAAGGAGCAUAUGAGCCACUUCGGCGUGCGUCCGGAAGAGGCCCUGGAAAGAGAGACUUGGAGACGAAAGACCAGGGCGGCUAACCCUGGACGGGGCCUCCUGCGGCGGGCCUACAGGUCUACCUUCUGCAGAUGCAUCCUGAGUCAGGUCAUCUGCCCUGGGCUAGCAGCUGCUCCUGCCUGGUUCCCUGACCUAACAUGUGACCACAGGACUCUUACCAUGCUAUAA